UUGAAGGGCUGUCGCUCAGAGGCUCGCUUUGAGUCGCAGCGCGUUUCUUAUUUACUCGACGUCCGCGUGUUGCUGCGCAAGCGCGGCGGAUAGAGAUUACUACUCUGCACAGAUUGCCUCGGUGUCCACCAGUCAAGCGGCCUCCAGAAGUUGAUUCGAGGAAAGCGGAGGAGCCACGAGUCGCUUGCCGUGCUUCCUCUCGCUGUUGUUCGGCGCUUCGGUGAUGAGAAGGAAUUUGCGUUCGGACAUCCGCGUCGCCGGGAAGAGGAGGAGAUGCGUCGCGAUGUACGACGCGCCCUGAGCGCGUUCUCGUUGGUGAUCUGCAUGCGCUUGGUGCACGCAGAUGGCCUCGUGUUCACGCAGAGCCCACAGAACGCCACGGCCUCAGUGGGAGGCGAACUGUCGCUCUCCUGCGAGGCGGACAGCGCGAGCCUGGGACCGGUCCUCGAUUGGCUUCGGGACGGGGCCCCUCUGGGCCACGACGCCGACUCCUCGGGUGGCACCGGCUCGGCGGGGGCUGGCACACAUCACUCCAUCGCGGAGCUCGCCCUGUCCAAGCACGGCGGCACCGCAUUUGUUCACCGCAGCACGCUCACUAUCCACCGCGUGCAGCAAGGAGACGUCGGCCCUUACUCCUGUCAGGUCACCUUAGCCGGGGGAGUCGUGGUUCGGUCCAAGGAGGGAUGGAUCCAGGUGGAAGGCAGGCCGACCAUCACAGGGGAGCCUCGGUCUCUGAACGUCAGCCGGGGCGAGCCCUUCACGCUGCGCUGCACUGCACUGGGACCUCCUGAGCCCGUGUUGAUCAAGUGGUUCAGCAGCGCAGAUGUCCAGCCUCAGCAGCCAGACAACAAUGGGUCCUCUCCCUCCGAACUGCACGUGUCUGGAAUUUCAGAGACGACGAGUUACUCGUGCCACGCGGCCAACUCCAGGGGCACCAGCGUCUCGAGGGAGGCGCGGAUCAACGUGAAGGUUCUGCCGGAGGCUCCCGGGCUGCCCCGGCUGGUGACCGUGAGCACGCGCGACGCUUGGCUCUCGUGGAACCCCAGCUUUGACGGAUUCUCUCCGCUACUCGGGUGCCGGGUACAGGUCGCGAGAGACGACGGCCAGUGGGCGGACGCCGACAACGACACGGAAGCCAGCGGCUGGGCCCCGGACGACGACACGGGGAUGCAGGAGGUGGCAGGGGUCCCCGAUGAUCCCUCGUACGGGGCCCCCCUGGGCGGCUUGGAGCCCGGCACGGAUUACCGGGCCCGCAUCGCCUGCCACAACCAGGUCGGCGCGUCGCCAUGGUCUCCGUGGGUCAGGCUGCGCACGCGCAAACAAGCCGCCACCCUCCCUGAGUUCGUCCCGUGGCUGCUCGGCGUGGCGGCUGCCCUGGCAAUCCUCGGAGCUGUGGUGGUUGUGGUCUUGUGGAGGAAGAAGAAGCAACAGUUUAGGUCGGAGCUCGGCCCCGCAGCUGCGGACCGGGGGGAGCCGCUCAUAGAGAUCCCGGAGAUUCGGAGAUAUCGGCGCGACAACCCCGAGCUUACACUGGAGCGAUGCGGGCUGAGCAAAGCGCUGUCUCAGAAGCUGAGUGGCGUGCUGCUCAAGAGGCCCUGCCUCCACCUGGGCAGCGUGCUGGGAGAAGGCGAGUUCGGCUGCGUGCUCGAAGGGCGGCUCAAGAAGGACGACGGCACCAAGGUUGAAGUCGCCGUCAAAACCAUGAAAGUAGAGGUUUGCACUUCAAGUGACAUCGAGUCGUUCCUGAAUGAAGUGCUGGCGAUGAAGGACUUCGACCAUCCCAACGUCAUCCGCCUCCUCGGCGUCUGCCUGGAGGUGUGCCCCGACCAGCGGCUGCCCCGUCCCAUGGCCGUGCUGCCCUUCAUGAGACACGGGGACCUGCACAGCUUCCUCAAGCGCGCGCGCUUCACACGCACGCCCGUGUACAUGCCUCUGCAGACCCUGCUGCAGUUCAUGGUGGACAUCUCACGAGGGAUGGAGUACCUCUCCGCCAACAACUUCGUCCACCGAGACCUGGCCGCCCGGAACUGCAUGCUACACGAAGACCUGACCGUGUGCGUCGCCGACUUCGGCCUCACCAAGAAGAUCUACAGCGGCGACUACUACCGCCAGGGCCAGAUCUCCCGCAUGCCCGUCAAGUGGCUCGCGCCCGAGUGCAUGGCCGACCGCCUCUACACGGCCAAGAGCGACGUGUGGGCGUUUGGCGUGACCAUGUGGGAGAUCGUGACGAGGGGACAGGCGCCGUACCCCGGCGUGGCGAACCACGAGAUGUUCGACUUCCUGGUGACCGGGAAGCGGCUCAAGCAGCCGCCGGACUGCCUGGACGAGCUGUUCGCCAUCAUGAGCGACUGCUGGAGCAUGAAGGCCGGCUGCCGCCCCACGUUCCCCGUGCUGCGCGAGCGGCUCGAGGAGUUGCUGGCCGACCUGCCGCCCCUGUCGCGUCGCGAGGACGUCCUGUACGGCAACGUGCCGUCCCACCACGACGCCCCGCAGCCCAGCGGCGGUGACAGCAGGGACGACGGCGACGGCGGCGGUGACAGCGGCUGCGGGGCCGCCGUCGGCAUCUACUGCAGCGGCGCCAGCGGCAAAGACGAUCGCGCAGACGACGACGACGCUGCCGCCGCUGCCGUCGACAAAAGGGGCAAUGACUACGGAGACUCGCUUCCCGCCAAGGCCGCCACCGCCGCCGCCGCCUCCUCGGUUCCUCCGCCCAAGCCGGCGCGGCUGAACGAGCACGUUGGGCCGCCUGCGCCGGUGGCGACGGCCGAGUGGAUCGCGGCGGCACGGCUCGCUGAUCUGCCAGCGCCCGCGGUGGCGGCGGUGGUGCCAAUGCGGGCGCCAGAAUCUCGGGGGGCGGAGGGCGUAGUGACGGCCGGCUCCUCCGAAAGGAGCUCCCUACUGGAGGGGAAGCCGCCCCCCUCUCCCACAAUCCCCCCUCUGUUGACAGAGGCUGAGGCUGAGCGGCAGUGAUGGCCCCGAUGUUGUCAGAACUGAAAAGGAACUGAAAUUAUUAAUUGGUCCUUGAUGCAAUUUUUUUUAUUUCAUUUUACCAGGUAAGGUCAACUGAGCUAUACAGUUAUUUUUUCAGAAGCGACCUGGCCACAAAUGAUAGCUCAACGAAGUGGCUUAUCAUGCAGAAAUGUACAGCAGCCAUGUACUCAAAAACGCAUUUUUCUAAAUGCAUUUAGGGAGGGGAAAAAACUGGGGGGAAAAAACAGGGGGGAAAAACUGGUGGAACCAGAGAAAAAUCCACGCGACCACGGCGUCAGGGUCAGGAUCGAACCCACGACCUCCCGUGUACCAGGCGAGGGAGUUAACAUCUCGCCACAAUGCAGCGGAUGGACCGCAGAGUUCGAGCGUGACUUGGGAGGUGCGGCGUCAGAGUGAAUGUUUUUUUUUUAUAACAAUCCUCUGCAUUGCACGAGUGACAUUACGCCCGAUACCCUUCCCCCUGCAUGGCACGGUCACCUUUUGACCCUUCUACAAGGUACGUUGCUGCCUGUGAGCGGCGUUCAGCCUCAACAGGCUAAUAAAUGUUACGACUUAUUCACAGAUGGGGGCGGUGAAACAUUACGAUUUUUAAAAACUGCAGUUUCGAAAAAAAGAUUCACCCCGUUUGUUGGACGUGGGGGGGGGGGGGUGCUGUAGUGCAGUGUGUGCUGCUCUCUGUUGGUUGUAUGAUAAUAUCAUUUCAGUCAUGGAAGAGGUUGUACGCCAGGGCAUCAUUUAUACGGCAGGUCCGUUCACAGUGAGAAUGGGCCCUUUUAGUCUGUAGGACACAAACAUUCAGCGUUGUGGCUUACAAACGAAGUCUGCUUUAUGCCGGGAUGGGCAUAAAGCGCAAACUCGAAUCUUUCGUGGACUUUUAGUUUAACAGCUCAUUCGCUUAGACAUUUCAUUGGAGUCGCAAGCUGAUGAGUCUGGUGAUGUAUGUACGUAGACAGUCGUGAUAAAUCAGAGGUGUGAUGUAUUAAGAUAUUAAGGAAUGGAGGCCGCACUGGACAAUCGCUGAAAGGUCAGUUCGAGGCAACGCGAGUCUCUUCUCGUCCUGCUGCGGGUCACAUUCUGAGCGCCCACAGUGGCGUAGCCAUCAAGUGUGCAGGCGGUGCAAGUGUGCAGGCGGUGCAAGUGUGCAGGUGGUGCAACUGCACCGGGAGCCCACGGGCCGGAGAGCCCCAGGCGCCGGGCUACGUGAAAAUUGUAAUGCCCCCCCCCCCCCCAUUUCUAUGCCUUGUGCCAAUCCCCCCCCCCCCCCCCAUUGCUAAACCACGUUACGCCACUGAGCGGCCAGCCUGUGUUUUGAAUGCGCAACUGCAAGGAACGCAUCUUAUAAAACGAGCUUGCGCGAGUCAAUUGGGUCUGUGACUGGCGACAACAUCAACACACAUCUCGGUCGCUUCUGUCAGUGAGAGAGGCCUGUGCUGUGAUGACAACGGUCUUCUACUUCUUGCGUGCGGCUGCUGAUGGAAGUUGCAGAGCAACAACUACAAUCUCACAUUCAGGUGGUCAAGCCGGAUGACCGCUGAGCGUUAUCGCCGUGAUGUCUCCGUAUGUGUGGAUCGGGAAUUGCGCCCAAUCACAACAGUGUUUGGGCGUGAUACAAUUACAAAGAGUGCGUUUGCCAGGUCAAAACAUGUUCCUCUCCAGUGCCCGAUUAGUGCGGCUAAUGUGCUGGCAGUGAUUGAUAAAUACAGGAAGGGAUGGGUCUUGUCUCACUCUCGUAUGUUCCCCACCCACGAGUCAAGGAGUCAACACAAUGCCCUUCAACACAAUGCACGUCAACACAAUGCGCGUCAACACAAUGCACGUCAACACAAUGCCCGUCAACACAAUGCGCGUGAACACCACAAUGCGUGUCUAGAAGUGUUGCGCGUGCCACGAGGAGUUCCAAUCUGCGGGUGCCGGAGCGGUAGAGUUGGGUGAGUCGAAAUCUGCGGCGGUCGAAUAUUGUCGUGAAAGCCGCCUUUCAGAAAUGCCGCGGGUACGUAUUUGUAUAAAACCGUGGCCAAAGCCAUGAAAUUUAAAUUGAACACAAAAAAUAAUAAAAACAAUUUAAAUGUCGAGCGUCGCUAUAAAACCAGUCCAGUUGGGCCGGUUCCACUCCUCCUCUCGCCAUGGUGAUGCACACACCACGUCUCCCACGUGGCUUGCUCGUGUACACUUUCUGCUUCGCCCACCGCAAGGGUGGCACAGUCGGGGUUUUUUUUACAAUCGGGUUUAAUUGUCUUGUUAUAUUAAACCCGAUCAUAUGAGAUUGGGAGAAAUCCGGUUUAAUUGGUUCUAAUUGCAGAACCGCACUUCGCCAACUUCUCAACGAUGGGCUUCAUCCAUUCCAAGCGAAGGAACUCACUGGCGCCCACGAUUGUGGAGAAGCUCCUCGUGUUCAUCACGACCAACCUGCCCGCCGAAUUCUACGACUACCCCGUGCCCGACGGCCCCCGAGUACGAUAGCAGCACCGACGAGGAAGCAGCCUAAGCCUUGGAUCAGAGUUUCGUAUUCAUUAAACCAGGUUUUAAUUGCCCGAAAUCGGGUUUAAUUGUAUUAAAGAAAAAACCCGAUGCCUGCCGCUGGAAAAAUCGGGGUUUUUUCCACCCAUGGCCCACCGUGGCUCUGUCGCCCGAGUUUGACUCCGGUCUGUGGCUCUGGACAAGCCCAAGCAGCAGCAGCAGGAGGCCAUCAAGCGCUGGGGGAGGGUACGGGCUGUGAGUGUGAGACUUGCCACUUCACAAUAACCGGGACAUGUCAAUCGUGGGAAGAACGUCCUCGCUAUUUUACCGUCGCGAGAGCAGAGAGCUCGACGCGAACGCUUUGUGUGGCGUGGUGGAAUUGUGAAUGUUUCCCUCUGGGAUUUUUGCACACAGCGUUGAUAUACGGUGCUUUUUCUGGAAGAUGUUGCUGUUUUUUUCCUGGAUUGUUCUGUUUGUAGUCACUUUAAGAUGUUUCUUGUUCAUGUUUUUGUUUGUUGCGGUUGCACCCGAUUCAAGAGCCGAAUGGCUCACAGGGUUAUACCUAAUAAAUGAAAUUGAAAAAAAAAUAGAAAUUAUUACGCAACCGACUAAAGCCGGGACUUUUAAUGUCCUAAGAAGACUUCGUAUAGAUGUCCUACGACAGCCGCUGCCUCAACAAGAGGACGAUGCAAUGCUGGGACAUCGAGGACAGGUGGCAACCCGAGUUGUGUGAGAGAGCGAGUAAGCGGUAUCCAGUAUCUCUGGCUGCCUACCCACUCAUGCACCUGCUCGCCAAACUGCGUGCCAGCAUGUCCACCUGCAUA